UUUAGACAAGGACCCCGGUUCAACCAAUCUUAUGUGUCAUUAGCGCUCUGCAGGUCAUACACAACUAAACAACGACAGUCUAUCGAUAGCAUGGACAACUCACCUCUUCUGCCACGACCGAUACACAUAGACUCAUCGAAACUGCAGAAAGGGCAACGCUUAGCGGACAAAGUACCCGAUGACACCAAUAAAAACAGAGCACCAGCUAUACCUCGUGGAAAAUUCAAAGAAAAAUUUCAAGUUAUGAGGGAACGCUUCGAUCAAGUUGUAGGGUUACACGAGGAGCUUGUAAGAGAUCUUGAGCUUGCAAAUGCACGCAUGCAGAAGCUUCAAGCUGAGAACGACUUGCUUCUUGAUGCUAUAAAUCUUACAGUUCCAGCAACGCCUUCCCUCAUGCAUCUCACGCGUCCCUCUCCGGCACUAUAUUCACACCCUGUAGCACCUCCAGCGGUACCGGCACCGCCUCCACCUCACCACAUGAAUGGGCACAGUGUUCCACAUGCUAACGGGAGGUAUCGCCCAGUAGACCCACAUGACAUCACACCUUCGGAGCGGGAUCGUGGUCGCGAAUACCGGGAUAUUCCUCAGGAAACAGCGAACGGGCGCUUGUGAAUACGAGCCGAAUGCGUGACUUUCGAUUGGAACCCGUUCAUAACCUUAACGUUCUGUCACGCUCGUCUUUUGUGCGAUUGGCUAACAAAGUGUCGGUUCUUGAUCUCCCCUUAUGCGGACUGGUGGAGGGAAAAUAGUACUUCCUGCUGGUAUAGAGAUGAAACUUGACGAUAUACUUAUCGGCCUCCAACUUGAUCAAGCACCUUCAUUUAGUCAUCCAUCAAUGCUACCAUGCGUGCGACACGCGCCUUGAUUAAUCCACACGGAUAACUUUGAUAGACUGUAUAUUUUUUACACCAACAAUGUCAACGUCUCGACAUUCAACGUUCAACGUUAGCCCAGCCACAGACACAGCGUGCCUAG